AUGUCAUUGACAGAUUCAAAACGUCUGGCGGCUUAUAAAGCUGUUGAUACUCAUUUAAACUCUGAUACAAGGAUAAUUGGAAUUGGAUCAGGUUCAACAGUUGUUUUCGUUGUUGAACGUAUUGUACAAAGAGGUAAUGCUAAAAAGAAUAAGUUGGAUGGAAAAAACGAAAACUCAAACCAGGUUUUAGAGGAACUGGAUUUGGAUCAAUGUGUUUUUGUACCAACAAGUUUUCAAAUUUGUGAAGUUUUUUCUAUAGCUUUUGAUUUUUUGGUGAAAGUUAAGAGUUUCAUCGUCUUGUAUUCCUUUAGGUACCAAGAAAUUGACAUUACAAUUGAUGGCGCUGAUGAAGUCGAUGAAAAUCUAAAUGCAAUUAAAGGUGGUGGUGCUUGCCAUUUACGAGAAAAAGUUGUAGCAGAAAUUUCCAAAAAAUUUAUAAUUGUUGCGGAUUAUACUAAAAGGUCUACUGUUCUUGCAGGUCCUAUUAUUACAGAUAAUGGAAAUUUUGUUAUAGAUGCAUAUUUUGGUAAAUUGGAUGGGCAACAAUUUCUUGGAAGUGAUAAAUUUAUGUUCAUUAAUUCACCUUCAGAGGUAUUAAAACGAAUUAAACUGUUAACUGGUGUUGUGGAAGUUGGAUUAUUUGUUGGGGUGGCAGAAAUUGCUUACUUUGGCGAAGAUGAUGGUCACAGCGUUGGUAUUUUGAAAAAAUGA